GCGGUGUCUGCCUAAAGACGCCGCCUCCUGCUCUCCGCCCUCCGUCCUCGCUCUCUUCGUCACGCACUCUGUCACCCUCGCCCCGCCUCGUGCUGCCAGUAGGCGCUCGUGCUGGCUGUAGUAGGACUCCUUUGGGCCGUCGCUCGUCUCCUCUUCUUCGUCCUCCUCCCGUUCUAUCCUGCGGAUUUCUUGCUUCCGCAUGCUUUCUAACUCGUGCCACGCGGAAAUGCGUGCGCACGCGAGUCUUGGGCGCGGACUUUCGUGGGCGUCGUCCGCUUUUCUUCGACGGCCGGACAAUCGCGCGCCGGCGGGCUACCAACCGGCCAAUUCAUGCUCACACUCACAUCUGCUUCUUGCUGGGCCCUCAAGUGCGCUGCUGACUGUGUGUGCCUGGUGCUUUAACAAGCAGCCCUCUCAUUGACACCUCCUGAAGACAAUCUUCUCCGUGCAUGCGUGUUCGCUUGCGCGGGAGAAGAGGGAGGAAGGCGCACAAAAGGGUCCACACACACACACACACACACACACACACACAGAGAGAGAGAGAGAGAGAGAGAGAGAGAGAGAGAGAGAGNAGAGAGAGAGAGAGAGAGAGAGAGAGAGAGAGAGAGAGAGAGAGAGAGAGAGAGAGAGAGAGAGAGAGAGAGAGAAUGUAGAGCCGUGAGUGAAAGCGCUGCAGGGAGGUGGAAUUCUUUUCAAUCUCCACCGCACAUGUGGUGUUUUCACCCGUUGGAAGAGGUGGGGAGAAGACGGCGACGAGGAGCGCAGAAGUGGUGUGUCGAAAAGUAAGUAGGGCGCUGUGGAGCAGUCGUCGGACGAUCGGAAAAUUCGACAGAAAGAUGAUGUAGGUCUUUUCGCAGAAGGCGUCCACAAGAUUAGCGCUUGCAACGUGGUUUGCCGUGUGGUGUCGCGACGGCUGUCCUGUAGGUGGGUGGAACUUGAUCGGGAUUGCGAUUGGCGUCAUUGAAGAAGGGCCGCCAGGUUUGCUAUGCUACCAUUUGGACACGUCUGAUUCAGAGGGGGUGGGUCUCCCUGCACCUGGCCGAUAUUCCCGUUUAUCUCUCUGUUCUGAUAUUUGGCUCAUCGUCCGACCCGCUUUUCUCGUUCUGUAAACACGCUAUUCUGCUCUCUCUCUCUCUCUCUCUUUCUCUCUCUGUGCCCCUAUGUGUUUCUAUUUACGUCGCCUUCUCUCUCUCUCCCUCCCUCUCCCUCUCUCUCUCUCUUCUGCUCCCGGAUGUUCGUCUUGAGUCUGUCCAGCCUUUCUGCGAUCUCGUUUGAUUGUCCCUUCCUUUUUCAUCCAUCUGUCUGGGGUGGCGAGACGAGUAAGGCUGGAGAGGGGGCCUGCGAUUGCUUCUGCCACAUGGGGGUGUUUGCUGCUAAGAGGUUUACGAAGUGAUCAGCUCAGUAUGAGCUGAGAGUCGGAGGUGAAGGGUCUGGAACGAACCGGCGCGUGGCAACCCGCGGAGGAGGCACCCAACGGCUACUCGUUAGGGGUAGAGACGGAGAGAGGGAGGGGUGAAUAUACAACGUCACGGGGGCGAAGCAUCCGUCAAGCUCACAGCUUUCGCUGGGCAUUGCGUCAGGACCUACGGCUCACUUCCUUUCUUUCACCCCCCUGCCUUCCCUCAUUCCUUAAAUAUUUUAUGUCGUCAUCCCUGAAGCUGUUUCUCUCCGUUGUCCCACAUACCUUUUGUGUUGUUUCCCUGCUGAGUAUCUCAACGUUUGCUAUCUUUUCCUUUCGCGAGGGUCGUUGCUGUGCCUUGUCUGUGCGCCUCCCAACUCGGUGGGGAGAGGUUGAUGUGCUUCUCCCACAAGUUCCCAGUCACGACGGCGGAGCGGUGGGAUCUUCGUCGAGGUGGCGUGUAUCGUCAUUUGGAACCUGGAGCGGAGGAGGAAUGUCGGGAUAGUAUCGGAGAAGGCGAUCGGUGCGCGGCGGGCCUGACAACGUCGACGACGACGCUGGCGGCGGGGCAGACAACACGGAAAAAGAGGACGGAAGGUUCGCCGCAACAUCAAGAGCCGUUGUCGGCGCUGCCUCCUUCCUCGCAACAAGUGGGGGGACGGAGGCGCGUGACGCCGCCGCCGCCGCCGACGACGCAGUUGCAGAUGACGUUGGGGAUGAAAAAGAAGAUAGAAGCCUGGGGGAUGGCGACGAUCUUGCAAGCUCACGAGGGCGAAAAGAGAAGAUUCUGUGUCCAUCCCCUGACAGAGGACGAAUGUACAAAUACUCGCACGUCAGAGGCUGCUUUGACCACUGCCAAGGAAGCCUAUGAAGCCUUGGGGCGAGGAUUUGAUGUGACACAAGACUUUCGGCUCGUGAAGUGCAAGGGUAGACCGGAGCAGAAGCUGGUGGCGAUUGCCCGAGAUCAUCAUGAUCUGGUUAUUCCUGGUGUUGGGACGCUAUCGAAUGUCUCUAGGGACAUCAAGUACGACCGAGGGGAGCGCAUUCGGCUCAAAUCGGAUGUUCUGACUUUCGAUCAGAUGUCAGAGCGAUUCAACAACAUGGUGGGUAUUGAAGGAGAUGUGCCACUUGGACUUUUCAAUGCGGCCUUCAACUUGCGGGGAAAUGAGGCUCAGGAAACAAGGGCCAUGGCCAAGGAUGCCUGGAUAAUCACGCUCUAUUCAUUGCAUCUGAUGGCUCAGCCGCUACAGCUGACAGAGGAACUUACACGAGCGAUUCCCCGUACCUGGGAGCCGACGGAGCUUGCAUCGUUUAUCCAGAGGUUUGGAACACAUGUCGUGACAAGUGUCCGUGUGGGGGGGAAGGACGCUGUUUUCCUUCGGCAAACACAGUCCUCUCUUCUUUCGCCAAGAGAAAUCAGCAGAAUAAUUACAAUGGCAAGUGAAAUCAGAUUCAAUGACAUUGGCGGCCCCGAUUCCAAAGAAGGAAACAGGAAGCUUCAAGUAAAGAACGUUGAGUUGACGAUACAGAGGAGAGGUGGUGAUGAGACUGUCAAGGCACAUCAACUAUGGCUCGACUCCAUCCCGAAGUUUCCAGACGCGAUCGGGGUCACGUAUGUUGCGAUCACGGACUUGCUGGAGGGAAUUCCUGGCAGUGAUAUGUUGAGUCAUGCAAUCAAUCUGUACCUUCAUUACAAACCUCCCCUUGAGCACUUGCGGUACUUCUUGGAGUUUCAAAUUCCAAAGCAAUGGACUCCGGUACCAAUGAUGGCAAGCAAGAGGGAACCUAAUUAUCCCAGUCUUCAGUUCAUCAUGCUUGCCCCAAGACUGUACGUAAGUACAAACGAGGUCCUGGUGGAGAGAAAGCCUGUGACUGGUCUUCGCUUGGUGCUGGAGGGGGAGCGACAUAAUCGGCUUGCAAUUCACAUGCAGCACUUUUGGAGGCUUCCGAAGGUGAUGCAGCUAAAAUGGGACCCUACGGUAGCCAUCGGAUCGCACAUCUGGAAGGCUCCAGAGGGACAUGACUUCAAGUGGUUCAAACCUGUGGAGAACCCAAGGUUUGCUUGGGUAUCAGAACUUCCCAUUCAGUACCCAAGCAACUGGCUUGCGGAGCGAAGUGGUGCUUAUAUUGUCACAGGAGCACAGCUGCAGGUGGAUCCUUUCAAAGACACAAAAAUUCUCUCCCUUCGACUGCGGUUUUCAAAACUUCCUGGGUGCUCGAUUAGGCGGUCGGUAUGGGACGUGGAGCCGGAGUCAUCGCAAGAAUGCCCUCGCAGACUGGGGAUCACAGGGCAAAUGCUUAGCCUUUGCACAGAUGUUGGUCCUCCAUCGACAGAGUAUCAGCAUGUUGGGGAAAUGCUUGCUCCGGGGGAUGAAAUUCAGGCACCAGCUCCAUUGACAGGUCCUACAUAUUUCAGCAGGAAUAUUCGAACGGACGAAAUGAAGCGAGGCCCGAACAGCUCGCCGGGGCAUUGGCUUGUGACAGGGGCCAAACUCCAUGUCCACAAGGGUAAGAUCUCUCUGCAUGUUAAAUACUCCCUCUUGCACUAUUGACAGCUUGACAUCCGGUCUUAGGGAAAGCUUCAAUGGGUCUGUCUCUGUAUGGCCGGCCCAUGUAUGUAUUUGUUGUGAGCAUCAUCUCAUGUGCUCGGUGUAUGUGUGUCCAGGGGAGAGAGAGAGAGAGAGAGAGAGAGAGAGAGAGAGAGAUGUAAGGCUGGACAGGGUUGGCCACAAAAGAGAGAAGUGUGGAUUUAUGCGGAAGUGGGGACCACAUACCUAAAGCCCCUCUGCAAAAAGAGUGGACUCUGGGAGGAUUGAAUUUUCACUUGUACACGAAGGGAUCCCUGGAGGGUACAGAGGAUGUGGAGAGAGAGAGAGAGAGAGAGAGAGAGAGAGAGAGAGAGAGAGAGAGAGAGAGAGAGAGAGAGAGAGAGAGAGAGAGAGAGUUGAGAGGGGAAAGAAUGGACCAAGGUGUGAGGGCCGAAAAUCAAGUGGAGGGAAAAUGCGAAAUGGACGAGUUUGUGAGGUCUCUCAUUCUGGUUCGGGAACUCUCUCAUUCAUGUUUGGUGCCAGAGGCCAAGAAGACAUGUUAUGGGAGAUGGGAGUAUGAAAAAUGGGAGAUGGGAAGAUGGAGGAUGAGUGUAAGGAAAGAUGGGAAGCACAUGGGAGGAGCAAAAAGGAGAGCAUGUGGAGGGAAAGUGUCGAUGGAGGAGUUUGUGGACUCCUCCAAUCUAUUAGCUAUCCAGGUUUGUUCAUGUUAGUAUAUGUUCGCAGACCAGAUAGCUAUUCAGGAAGUUUCCUUAGCCUUAGGUCAAUAUGUCAGAGUAUUCAAGGAGAAAGA